UAGCUUGAGUGGAUGCCUCUGAACUGUAUCAGUACAUUUAAUCAAAGAAAAAGGUUGUGGUACCCAUCCUCCCCCCAAAAAAAAUCAGGACAACUCUUGAAAAGUAAAGUAUUGACAGAGAAGAUUUUCCAGUGUGUUACCUUAGUCUUGUCCAUAUACUGUAUUGGCUAGCUACUGAGUAACCAGGAUGGCAACAGUAGGUGACAAACGACUGGAUUUCAUAGAAAACUAUUGCAAUCUCUCUCUUCGUGUUAAACCUGACAAAUGGGCCAAGUUUGCCACCAGUGAGGAUGUCCUUGCCAUGCUCAAUGAGUUCUAUGAGAAGCCAGACCUGACAGCACUGGUGAUCACCCUCAAUCCCACUGGGCAACUAGUUCCUUGCCUUGGCUUCCCAGCAACACUGAAGAAUAAAGGGAUUUAUUUCGUGAAGAAGAAGAACGAAAACAUAACUAAAGAGAACUACCUUGAUGCACUCCUUGUUGGAGAUAUCAGCCCUUCCCCUGUGGAGCAGUUGAUGGCUGUUGUGGAAGAGGUGGUCUACUCCUUAUUCCUAAAGAGUGACAAUCUGGCAGGAUGGCCUCGGGUGGUAGCUGACGAUGUUAUACGGCAAGCCCACCGACUCAAAAAUGAGAUGUUUGUGAUGGGAGGAAAGAUCAAAGGAAAAACCCUGCUUCCAUUGCCAGAGCACCUGGAUAGCACAGACAGUGCAGCAGAUAUGCUGGAGAGUCUGUCUUCCGCUGUGGACAGUUCACUGUUACACUCCAUCGAAACCAUCAUCAUUGACUGGUCCCAUCAGAUCCGAGAUAUCUUGAGCAAAGACUCUGCACAGCCCCUCUUGGAUAGUUUGAACCCAUUACCCAGAGCAGAAUUUGAUUUCUGGUACAGUCGGCAGAUUAACCUGCAGUGUAUAAAUGAGCAGCUGUAUGCCCCCCAAGUGAAAAAAAUUGCUGAUAUUUUGGAGAGAGCAAAGAGCUGCUAUUGGCCAGCACUCAAGAAUGUUUUCAAGGAUGUAGCUGCAGGACUUAAGGAAGCUGAAGAUAUUAACCUAUACUUGCAGCCACUUAAAGUUGUCUUGGAGGAAACAGAACAGGCAGAAUACCACCAGUUACCUUCGUUCAUCAACAAUGUCAUGUACACCGUAUGCUUGGUCUGGGCCAAAUCAGAAUACUAUAAUGUGCCCUCCCGGGUCAUUGUCAUUUUGCAGGAGAUCUGUAAUCUCUUCAUUGAAAUGACACGUAACUUUCUGAGUCCUGAAGAAGUGCUGAAAGGUUUGCAAGGAGAAAUUGAGGAGGUGCUGUCAGGGAUCAAGCUGGGGAUCUCUGUCAUAGAGAAACUCUACAAGACCUAUGAUGUUUGCUGCACAGAUAUGAUGCCAUCUUUUUUUAAGGACAAAGAACCACAGUACUGGGAAUUCCCUUCAACUCUUGUCUUUACUAGAAUGAACUCAUUUUUUCACAGAUUGAAGACAAUAGAGGAGCUGUACAUGACAGCAAUUGAGUUUCUCAAACUGGAGAAAAUUGAGUUGGGAGGCGUGAGAGGCAAUAUCUUAGGGAGCAUGGUGGUUCAGAUCUAUGAGGAGGUUCUUGAACAUGUGAAGGUCUUCGCUGAAUGCAAAUAUGAUCCUUUAGAUCCAGCAGAUGAGCAAUUUGAUGAAGAUUUUGCAGACUUCCAGAUCAAAAUUCAGGACUUAGACAGACGUCUGGCCACCAUUUUCUACCAAGGAUUUGUUGACUGCUCCAGUUUUGAAUCUGCUGUCAAGCAAAUCCAUAUGUUUGCCUCUCUGUUGGAACGGCCAUUGAUCAAGGCAGAUGUGGCUCCCCACUAUGCAACACUCCUGGAGAUAUUCAACGUUGAAUUGGACAAUGCAAAGCUUUUGUAUGAUGCUCAGAUAGCUGCCACUAAAACAGGGGACCAUGUGCCUCCCAUUAGCAAAAACAUGCCGCCUGUUGCUGGGCAAUUAAAGUGGGCUUUGGAACUCCAGGAAAGAUUGCAGAUCCCAAGGAAGGAAUUGCGUGCCAUUGAUCAUCCUGUUAUGCUCAGUUCUGAAGCCAAGCUGAUAUAUGGGAAAUAUGAGGAGAUGAUACGUUUGCUGAAAGGUUACCGUGAAAGGAUUUAUGAAGAGUGGAUCAGCCGAGUCGACAAAGACUGUCAGUUCAACUUAGAGCAACCUCUGAUCCAGAGAGAUCCAGAGACAAAUCUUAUUAAAGUUAACUUCAGCAAAGAGCUUGUGGCUGUUCUCCGAGAAGUCAAGUACCUGAGCUUUCAGCAGCAGAAGGACAUUCCAGACAGUGCUGCAGGUCUCUUCUCUCAGAAUGAAACUUUCCGGACGUUUGUGGACAACUUAGAUCUUAUUGUUGGCUGGUAUAAUAAGAUCAAGCUGACAAUUUUGCCAGUAGAACUUCCACUGGUCAAUGGUGAGCUGGAAGAAAUUGACAUUGGCUUGCAGAAAGCUGAGACUAACCUUUUCUGGAGCAAUGAAGGUGUUAUGGACUACAUUCAAGAGAUGCGCAAUGUCUUAUAUGAUCUAGAGACAAGAAUUCAGAAAACCAAGAUAAAUGUGGAGAAUAUUGGGCAGCUCAUGCAGGAGUGGUCAGCUAGUCCUUUGUUUGAAAGGAAAGACAAUAAGGAGACAGCACUUCUCGAUUUAGAUGGAAAACAAACAAACCUAAACAAACGCUAUGCAGCAAUCAAAGAUGCUGGGCAGAAGAUCCAGGCUAUGGUUGAGGAAAAUGCAGAGUUGUUCAAAGCUGACAAGAAAACAAGAAUGUGGUCUAAUUAUGUAGAAUACAUAGAUGACAUUGUUUUGGACGGCUACUUUAAGUUUAUCCGCAAAUCACUGCAAUUUCUCCUCAGCAAUAUGUCACCUGAUGCCAAUGCCGCCCCUUUAUUUGAAGUCCGCUUAGAAUUAUAUAAAGAUGAUUUAAGGUACCGUCCAUCGCUGGAAGUGGGAGCAGACCAGGGUUUUUUGGAAGUGGUAGAAAACCUGAUGAAUGACAUCUAUGAGACUGCUAAGCUAAUACCAAGACUGGCAGAAGGGAAGGGCAGCUAUAAGUCUGACCUAGAAGAUACAGGAGAGUUGAUAGAGAUGCGAGAGGAGGUGGCAAACCUUGUAGUCAGUGCCAUGAAGAAAGGGGAGGAAUAUGAAGACUCCUUUGAGAAAUAUUCCUACCUUUGGAUGGAUGAUCCCCAUGAAUUCAUGCAGCGCUUCCUCACCUUUGGGCGUGCCCUAACAACGGAAGAACUGGAGUCUCAUGCAGAGGAUUACUUGCCUCACGUUGCACCCACUCUAGAGCAAUUUCAGCUACAGAUUGACACGUACGAAAAGCUCUAUGAAGAGGUGUCCAAAUUUGAAAACACCAAAGUGUUCAAUGGUUGGUUACAAAGUGAUUGUCGUCCCUUCAAGCAAGCACUUCUAAACACCAUCAAGCGCUGGAGCUUGAUGUUCAAACAGCACCUCAUUGACCAUGUCACCACCAGCCUUCAGGGUCUUGCUGCUUUCAUGAAAGAAGCCAAUGCAGGCUUGACUAAACCUUUGAAAGAAGGUGACUAUGAUGGGCUUGUGGAAGUGAUGGGACACUUGAUGAGGGUCAAAGAGAGGCAAGUAGCCACUGACAAUAUGUUUGAGCCUCUGAAGCAAACUAUUGAGUUGCUAAAACUGUAUGGAGAAGAAAUGCCUGAAGAGAUCCAUAUGCAGUUGCAUGAAUUACCAGAGCAAUGGAAUAACACUAAAAAAUUGUCAUUCCAAGCAAAACAGAACGUGGCUCCUUUGCAGGCAAAUGAAGUUACAAUCAUCCGAAGGAAAUGCCAGCAGUUUGAGAUUAAACAACAUGAAUUCAGGGAGAAAUUCCGAGUAGAUGCGCCCUUCACUUUUGUUGACCCAGACCCCUAUAAAUCCCUAAAUAAGCAACAAAAAAUGAUUACUACUAUGGAAAAAGAGAUGGAAGCCCUGUCCAAAUCCGCAGGUUUGUUUGAGGUCUCUGUCCCAGACUACAAACAACUGAAGGCCUGCCAUAAGGAGGUGCGCUUGCUCAAGGAGCUCUGGGACAUGAUCGUCUUGGUAAAUGAAAGCAUUAAUGACUGGAAGACAACGAAAUGGAAGGAGAUUAACGUUGAGCAGAUGGAUCUGGAUUCCAAGAAAUUUGCUAAGGAUGUGAGAAGUUUGGACAAGGAAAUGAGACCAUGGGAUGCGUUUGUGGGACUGGACAACACAGUUAAAAAUAUGAUCACCUCCCUUCGAGCUGUGAGCGACCUUCAGAAUCCAGCAAUCCGAGACAGGCACUGGAAAGAACUCAUGGAGGCCACUCAGGUGAGGUUUACCAUGUCAGAAGAAACAACGCUUGCAGACUUACUUCAACUGAAUCUCCACAAAUUUGAGGAUGAAGUUCGCAGUAUUGUAGACAAGGCUGUGAAAGAGUCGGGGAUGGAAAAGGUACUGAAGGCUCUUGACAGUACCUGGUCCACUAUGCAGUUUGAACAUGAGCCCCAUCCUAGGACUGGAACCAUGAUGCUGAAGUCUGAUGAAGUACUUGUAGAAACCCUUGAAGAAAACCAAGUGCAGCUCCAGAAUCUGAUGACUUCUAAGUAUUUGGCCCACUUCCUUCAGGAAGUCUCCAGCUGGCAGCAGAAAUUGUCUACUGCUGAUUCUGUCAUAUCUAUCUGGUUUGAAGUCCAAAGAACCUGGAGUCACCUGGAGAGCAUUUUCAUUGGGUCAGAAGAUAUUCGAAACCAGCUUCCUGAGGAUUCUAGGCGUUUUGAUUCCAUUGACAAAGAUUUUAAGGAAUUAAUGGCUGAUGCAGUGAAAACUCCCAACGUAGUUGAAGCAACAAAUAAACCAGGUCUCUAUGACAAGCUGGAGGCCCUGCAGCAAAGUUUGGCACUCUGUGAGAAGGCUUUGGCUGAAUACCUGGAAACAAAGAGACUGGCUUUCCCGAGAUUUUACUUCGUGUCGUCAGCUGACCUGUUGGAUAUUUUAUCCAAUGGCAACGAUCCUGUUGAGGUGUGCCGUCACUUAUCCAAGCUAUUUGAUAGUAUGGCCAAGCUGAAAUUCAAAUUAGAUGCGAAUGGGAAGCCUCUGAAGAUUGGCAUAGGAAUGUACAGCAAAGAAGAUGAGUACGUUGAUUUUGACAAGGAAUGUGACUGUUCUGGACAGGUGGAGAUUUGGUUAAACAGAGUGCUGGAGAGAAUGCAGAGCACCUUACGUAAAGAAAUUUCUGAAGCUGUUGUGACUUACGAGGAAAAGCCGAGAGAGCAAUGGCUAUUUGAUUACCCAGCACAGAUUGCUUUAACAUGCACUCAGAUCUGGUGGACCACAGAGGUUGGGAUAGCCUUUUCACGACUGGAGGAAGGCUAUGAAAAUGCCAUUAAAGAUUACAAUAAAAAACAGAUUAACCAAUUAAACACGUUAAUUACAUUACUCAUUGGAAAUUUAACUCCAGGAGACCGAAUGAAGAUUAUGACCAUCUGCACCAUUGACGUCCAUGCUAGAGAUGUUGUUGCCAAAAUGAUUACAGCAAAGGUGGAAAGCUCCCAGGCUUUUACAUGGCAGUCCCAACUUAGGCAUCGAUGGGAUGAAGAAAAGAAGCACUGCUAUGCCAAUAUCUGUGAUGCUCAGCUCCAGUAUUCCUACGAGUAUCUUGGCAACACUCCACGGCUGGUGAUCACCCCGCUCACUGACCGAUGCUAUAUCACCCUGACCCAGUCCCUCCACUUAAUCAUGGGAGGAGCCCCUGCAGGCCCAGCUGGCACAGGAAAGACAGAGACCACCAAGGACUUGGGCAGGGCAGUAGGGAUCAUGGUGUAUGUCUUCAACUGCUCUGAGCAAAUGGACUACAAGUCCUGUGGAAAUAUCUACAAGGGGCUGGCCCAGACAGGUGCAUGGGGGUGUUUCGAUGAAUUUAAUCGGAUUUCAGUCGAAGUCCUGUCGGUAAUUGCAGUACAGGUUAAAUGUGUUCAAGAUGCAAUUCGAGCUAAAAAGAAGGUGUUCAACUUCCUUGGAGAAAUGAUCUCUCUUAUACCAACUGUUGGGAUGUUUAUUACUAUGAAUCCUGGAUAUGCAGGUCGUACUGAACUACCUGAAAAUUUGAAAGCCUUGUUCAGGCCCUGUGCCAUGGUGGUUCCUGAUUUUGAGCUUAUCUGUGAGAUCAUGCUGGUUGCUGAAGGUUUCAUUGAAGCCAGGCUUCUAGCUAGGAAGUUUAUCACCCUCUACACGCUGUGUAAGGAACUGCUUUCAAAGCAGGAUCACUACGACUGGGGGUUGAGAGCUAUCAAGUCUGUAUUAGUGGUGGCUGGUUCGCUGAAGAGAGGAGACCCUGGCCGGGCUGAGGACCAAGUGCUCAUGAGAGCUUUGAGAGAUUUUAACAUCCCCAAGAUUGUGACAGAUGACUUGCCAGUGUUUAUGGGACUAAUUGGAGACCUUUUCCCAGCACUUGAUGUACCAAGGAAGCGUGAUCUGAACUUUGAGAAGAUUAUCAAACAGGCUGUGCUUGAGCUCAAGCUUCAGCCUGAGGAGAGUUUUGUGCUGAAGGUGGUCCAGUUGGAAGAGUUACUUCAAGUCCGGCAUUCCGUGUUUGUGAUUGGAAAUGCAGGCUGUGGCAAGUCCCAGGUACUGAAAUCGCUGAAUAAAACAUACCAGCUCAUGAAAAGAAAACCAGUAGCCAUUGACCUUGACCCAAAAGCUGUAACCUGUGAUGAGUUGUUUGGCGUUAUCAAUCCAGCUACUAGAGAAUGGAAAGAUGGCUUGUUUUCGACUAUCAUGCGUGAUCUGGCUAACAUAACACACAAAGGGCCCAAAUGGAUUGUUCUGGAUGGAGAUAUAGAUCCGAUGUGGAUUGAGUCCCUGAAUACUGUGAUGGAUGACAACAAGGUCCUCACCUUAGCAAGCAAUGAGCGGAUUCCACUCAACCCCACCAUGAGGCUUGUGUUCGAGAUCAGCCACCUCAGAACAGCAACACCUGCCACAGUGUCCAGAGCAGGAAUCUUAUACAUCAACCCUGCUGAUCUUGGCUGGAAUCCGGUGGUGAGCAGCUGGAUUGAGCGUCGGGAAGUGCAAUCUGAGAAAGCCAAUUUGAUGAUCCUGUUUGACAAGUACUUGCCCACGUGUUUGGACAAGCUGAAAUUCGGGUUCAAAAAGAUCACUCCUGUACCUGAAGUGACUGUGGUGCAAACCAUCUUGUAUCUGCUGGAAUGUCUUCUGACCCCAACCAACACCCCACCAGAUUCACCCAAGGAGCUUUAUGAACUCUACUUUGUGUUUGCUUGCUUCUGGGCAUUUGGAGGAGCCAUGUUCCAAGACCAGCUUGUGGACUAUCGUGUGGAAUUCAGCAAAUGGUGGGUGAAUGAAUUCAAAACCAUCAAGUUUCCUUCUCAGGGAACUAUUUUUGACUAUUAUAUUGACCCAGAGACAAAGAAGUUCAUGCCUUGGACUGAUAAAGUGCCAUCCUUUGAGUUGGAUCCAGAUGUUCCACUGCAGGCCUCAAUGGUCCAUACAACAGAAACCAUCCGAAUUCGAUAUUUCAUGGACCUACUAAUGGAAAAGAAAUGGCCUGUGAUGCUGGUGGGGAAUGCAGGCACUGGGAAAUCGGUGCUAAUGGUGGAUAAGCUUGAUACCUUAAACACAGAUGAUUACAUGGUACAAUCUGUCCCCUUUAACUUCUAUACAACUUCAGCAAUGCUGCAAGGUAUUCUUGAGAAGCCAUUGGAGAAGAAAUCAGGAAGAAACUUUGGCCCUCCUGGAACCAAGAAACUUAUUUACUUCAUAGAUGAUAUGAACAUGCCAGAAGUUGACAAAUAUGGUACUGUUGCACCUCAUACCUUGAUCCGGCAGCACAUGGACCAUGGGCACUGGUAUGACAGAACCAAGCUGACACUAAAGGAUAUUCACAACUGCCAAUAUGUGGCCUGUAUGAACCCAACAUCUGGAUCUUUCACUAUUGACUCCAGACUGCAGCGUCACUUCUGUGUGUUUGCGGUGAGUUUUCCAGGGCAGGAUGCCCUUAUGACCAUCUACAGCACUAUCCUGUCUCAGCACUUGGCCCUCCGAAAUGUCCCAAUGGUCGUCCAGAAGUCUCAUUCACAGCUUGUUUCUGCAGCUCUGGCUCUACAUCAGAAAAUAACAUCAACCUUCCUUCCAACGGCCAUAAAAUUUCACUAUGUUUUCAAUCUCCGGGAUCUCUCUAACAUCUUCCAGGGACUGCUGUUCUCCACACACGAGUGCCUGAAAAUCCCUUCAGAUCUGGUCCGACUCUGGCUGCAUGAAGCAGAGAGGGUUUACUGUGACAAACUUGUGGAAGAAAAAGAUCAAGAAAGCUUUGGGCGAGUCAUGAUGGCUACUUGCAAGAAAUUCUUUGAGGAUCUGCCUGACAAUAUUGUCUUUGCAAAGCCCAACGUUUUUUGCCACUUUGCUCAAGGCAUUGGAGAUCCAAAGUAUCUACCUGUUUCCAACAUUCAGUCUCUGAAUAAGUUGCUUGUAGAAGCCCUGGACAGCUACAACGAGGUCAAUGCAGUGAUGAGUUUGGUGCUGUUUGAGGAUGCUGUGUCUCAUGUCUGCAGGAUCAAUCGUAUCUUAGAGGCUCCCAGAGGGAAUGCCUUGCUAGUGGGGGUAGGAGGCAGUGGCAAGCAAAGCCUGUCUAGACUGGCAGCCUACAUCAGCUCCCUGGAUGUGUUCCAGAUCACACUCAAGAAAGGCUAUGGAAUUCCAGACCUCAAGGCUGACCUUGCUGCUCAGUACAUCAAAUCUGCUGUGAAGAACACACCCACUGUGUUUCUGAUGACAGACUCGCAGGUUGCUGAAGAGCAGUUUUUGGUUCUGAUCAAUGACCUCUUGGCAUCUGGUGAAAUCCCAGGGUUAUUCCAGGAUGACGAAGUGGAAAAUAUUAUUGGCUCCAUGAGGCCACAAGUAAAAUCUCUCGGCAUGCAAGACACAAGGGAAAACUGCUGGAAAUUCUUCAUUGACAAAGUCCGGAGGCAACUGAAGGUAAUUCUGUGCUUUUCUCCUGUGGGGUCUACCCUCCGAAUACGGGCAAGAAAGUUUCCAGCUGUCGUGAACUGCACGGCCAUUGACUGGUUUCAUGAAUGGCCAGAAGAUGCAUUGGUGUCUGUCAGUGCAAGGUUUCUAGAAGAGACGGAAGGAAUAGAGGCUGAUGUUAAGACCUCCAUCAGUUUAUUUAUGGCCUUUGUUCACAAAACUGUCAAUGAAAUGUCCAAAGUGUACUUGGCCACUGAAAGGCGCUAUAAUUAUACUACUCCAAAGACCUUCCUGGAACAGAUCAAACUUUACCAGAACCUGCUUGCUAAAAAAAGAAGGGAGCUAAUUGCCAAAAUUGAGAGGCUAGAAAAUGGUUUGAUGAAACUCCAAAGUACUGCCUCACAGGUUGAUGACCUGAAGGCCAAACUGGCUGUACAAGAGCUGGAGCUCAAGCAAAAGAAUGAAGAUGCCGACAAGCUGAUCCAGGUGGUGGGGGUUGAAACAGAGAAAGUGAGCAGGGAGAAAGCAAUUGCUGAUGAAGAGGAGUUGAAAGUCCAGGUCAUUAACACGAAUGUAUCAGAAAAACAGCGGGCUUGUGAAACUGAUCUGGCCAAAGCAGAACCUGCACUGAUAGCUGCUCAGCAAGCACUGGACACACUCAACAAGAACAACCUGACAGAACUGAAGUCUUUUGGCUCUCCUCCAGAAGCUGUGGUUAAUGUGACAGCAGCAGUCAUGAUCCUUACAGCGCCCGGUGGCAAGAUACCAAAGGACAGAAGCUGGAAGGCAGCAAAAGGCAUGAUGGGCAAAGUGGAUACUUUUCUAGAUUCUCUGAAGAAAUUUGACAAGGAGCACAUUCCAGAACCCUGCUUGAAAGCUUUCAAGCCAUUCCAAAAUGAUCCAACUUUUGAUCCAGAGUUUAUAUUGUCUAAGUCCACAGCUGCGGCUGGUUUGUGUUCUUGGUGCCUCAACAUUGUUCGCUUCUACGAGGUCUAUUGCGAUGUUGCACCCAAGCGGCAGGCCCUGGAAGAAGCUAAUCAGGAACUGGCAGAGGCACAGGCAAAACUCACAAUGAUUAAAAACAAGAUUGCAGAUCUAAAUGCCAACUUGGCCAAUCUAACUGCUGAGUUUGAAAAAGCCACUGCUGAAAAAAUCAAGUGCCAGCAAGAGGCUGAUGCGACUAACAGAGUCAUUUCAUUGGCUAACAGACUUGUUGGUGGACUAGCAUCAGAAAAUGUGCGUUGGGCUGAGUCUGUGGAAAAUUUCCGUGAACAGGAAAAAACUUUGUGUGGUGAUGUGCUCCUGAUUACUGCAUUUGUUUCCUACGUUGGCUACUUUACCAAAAAAUACAGAACUGAGCUGCUGGACAAGUUCUGGGCUCCUUACUUACAACAGCUAAAGGUCCCAAUUCCCAUCACUCCUGGGCUGGAUCCUUUGAGUCUCCUAACAGAUGACGCAGAUAUAGCAACAUGGAACAACCAGGGUCUCCCCAGUGACCGCAUGUCAACAGAAAAUGCAACUAUCCUAUGCAAUACAGAACGCUGGCCGCUUAUUAUAGAUGCCCAGCUCCAGGGGAUCAAGUGGAUCAAGAACAAACAUGGAGCAGACCUGAAGGCCAUUCGGCUUGGACAGAAAAGCUAUCUAGACAUCAUUGAACAAGCUGUUUCAGUUGGAGACACUCUGCUCAUUGAGAACAUUGGGGAGACAGUGGAGCCUGUGCUGGAUCCUCUGCUGGGUCGAAACACCAUCAAGAAAGGGAGGUACAUAAGGAUAGGAGACAAGGAGGUAGAGUAUCACCCCAACUUUCACCUCAUCCUGCACACCAAGUAUUUCAACCCUCACUACAAGCCAGAGAUGCAGGCCCAGUGCACUUUGAUCAACUUUCUAGUCACCAGGGAUGGGCUGGAGGACCAGCUUUUAGCUGCUGUGGUGGCUAAAGAAAGACCUGACCUGGAGGAACUGAAGGCUACCCUCACCAAGCAGCAGAAUGAAUUUAAGAUCAUCUUGAAAGAACUGGAGGACUCUUUGCUAGCUAGACUUUCUGCUGCAUCAGGAAACUUCCUUGGGGACACAGCCUUGGUGGAGAACCUAGAGACAACCAAGCGUACAGCUAACGAGAUCGAAGAAAAGGUGAAGGAGGCUAAAAUUACUGAAGUGAGAAUUAAUGAAGCCAGAGAAAACUACAGGCCAGCUGCAGAAAGAGCAUCCUUGUUGUAUUUCAUAUUAAAUGACCUCAACAAAAUCAAUCCCAUCUAUCAGUUUUCCCUAAAGGCAUUCAACGUGGUCUUUGAGAAAGCCAUUCAACGUACUCUUCCAGCCGAUGAUGUGAAACAAAGAGUGAUCAACCUAACGGAUGAGAUCACAUAUUCAGUCUACAUGUAUACAGCGCGGGGACUUUUUGAGAGAGACAAGCUUAUUUUUCUAGCCCAGGUUGCCUUUCAGGUCUUGCUGGUGAAGAAAGAAGUAAAUCCGGUAGAACUCGACUUUCUCCUGCGCUUUCCCUUUAAAGCUGGAUUGACGUCCCCAGUGGAUUUCCUGUUAGGGCAAGGAUGGGGUGGAAUAAAGGUGCUUUCUGAGAUGGAUGAGUUCAAAAAUUUAGACAGCGACAUUGAAGGUUCUGCUAAGCGGUGGAAAAAGUUUGUAGAGUCUGAGACCCCGGAGAAGGAAGUAUUCCCUAAGGAGUGGAAGAACAAGACGGCUCUGCAGAAGCUGUGCAUGAUGCGAUGCAUGAGGCCAGACCGCAUGACCUACGCCGUCAAGAACUUUGUGGAGGAGAAAAUGGGAAGUAAAUUUGUUGAAGGCCGGAGUGUUGAAUUCUCCAAGUCAUAUGAAGAAAGCAGUCAGUCUACCCCGAUAUUUUUCAUUCUGUCUCCUGGAGUUGAUCCCCUGAAAGACGUUGAAGCGCUAGGGCAAAAGCUUGGCUUCACCAUAGACAAUGGGAAAAUACACAACGUGUCUCUUGGCCAAGGACAGGAGGUUGUGGCAGAAAGCGCUCUGGACGUAGCUGCAGAAGAGGGACACUGGGUCAUCCUUCAGAACAUACAUCUGGUAGCCAAGUGGCUGAGCACACUGGACAAGAAAGUAGAACGGUACAGCAUUGGGAGCCAUGAUGACUAUCGAGUAUUCAUGAGCGCUGAGCCAGCUCCCUCUCCAGAUGCACAUAUUAUUCCUCAAGGCCUCCUGGAAAAUGCCAUUAAAAUCACCAAUGAGCCUCCAACAGGCAUGUAUGCCAACUUACACAAAGCGCUGGAUCUUUUUACACAGGAUACUCUGGAAAUGUGCACCAAAGAAAUUGAAUUCAAGUGCAUUCUUUUUGCACUCUGCUACUUCCACGCAGUGGUGGCAGAACGGCGGAAAUUUGGAGCUCAAGGAUGGAAUAGGUCUUACCCAUUCAACAAUGGCGAUCUCACCAUUUCCAUCAAUGUACUGUAUAACUACCUGGAAGCCAAUGUGAAGGUUCCCUGGGAUGACUUGCGUUAUCUGUUUGGUGAGAUCAUGUAUGGGGGACAUAUCACUGAUGACUGGGACCGGAGACUGUGCCGGACCUACCUGGCUGAGUAUAUCCGAAUGGAGAUGUUAGAAGGAGAAAUGCUUCUGGCACCAGGAUUUCUUAUACCACCAAAUACAGACUAUAAGGGAUAUCAUGAAUACAUCGAUGAAAAUCUCCCACCAGAGAGUCCUUACCUGUACGGGCUUCAUCCUAAUGCUGAGAUAGGCUUCCUCACUGUCACCUCAGAGAAACUUUUCCGUACUGUGCUGGAAAUGCAACCCAAAGAGUCAGAUGCAGGAGGAGGAACUGGAGUAUCUCGAGAGGAAAAGGUAAAAGCUGUGCUAGAUGAGAUUCUGGAACGGCUUCCAGAGCCCUUUAAUAUGGUGGAAAUCAUGGCAAAGGCAGCUGAAAAAACCCCUUACGUGGUAGUCGCCUUCCAGGAAUGUGAACGAAUGAAUAUCCUGACCAGUGAAAUUAGGCGUUCUCUGAAAGAAUUAAAUUUGGGAUUGAAGGGAGAGUUGACAAUUACAACAGAUAUGGAAGAAUUAUCCAAUGCUCUGUACUAUGAUAAUGUGCCUGAUUCCUGGACAAACCGUGCCUACCCAUCAUUGCUUAGUUUAGCAGCAUGGUAUGCUGACCUACUCCUUCGGAUCAGGGAGCUGGAGGCCUGGACAACUGAUUUUGCCCUACCCACAACUGUGUGGCUAGCUGGUUUCUUCAAUCCUCAGUCUUUCCUCACAGCUAUUAUGCAAUCCAUGGCCAGGAAAAAUGAGUGGCCCCUUGACCGAAUGUGCCUCUCAGUGGAAGUUACAAAGAAAAAUCGGGAGGAUAUGACCGCUCCACCUCGAGAGGGCUCCUAUGUCCAUGGACUCUUUAUGGAAGGUGCGCGGUGGGAUAUUCAGACUGGGGUCAUCAGCGAUGCACGCCUGAAGGAGCUGACCCCCUCGAUGCCAGUCAUCUUCAUCAAAGCCAUCCCUGUGGAUCGCAUGGACACCAAGAACAUGUAUGAGUGCCCUGUCUAUAAGACACGUACACGAGGCCCCACCUAUGUUUGGACCUUCAACCUCAAGACAAAAGAGAAACCAGCUAAGUGGAUUCUUGCCGGAGUUGCCCUGCUCUUGCAAGUUUAAAGUGCAAGUGAACAAAACUCUACAUCCUGCCCCCCCCAAUCCCCUUUCUGCAAAGCCAGAGAGUUGUUCACAAGUGGCUAAUAAAAAAUACAUUUGUUGGAGCCAUGUCUGCUGUGACAUUACGCUCAGGUACAGCAGCCUGAUACCAAUGAUAGGAAACAUAUCCUGUCAGCAUGGGCUCCGCCCUAGCACAAUGGAAUGAACACACACAUUUUAAUACAGUGGUCUGCAUGGAACAACGGCAGUCUGCAUUUAUUCCAGUGUGUUGCUCCCCAACCCUGCAUUCCUUAAAGCUAGCCAUUAAGAGCAGACAUUAUUCCCAGUGUCAUUAUGCAGUGCCACAAAAACAAGGUUUCUGAUCUGCUCUAUUUAAUCAGACAGCUGGCAGAGCAUUUUUAUGCCACUGCAAUUUAGGUGUAAGCAACCCCAAUAGUCUCAAGUAAUGCAAAACGUAGUAGCCAGAGAUUUAUUUCUACUAGCCAGCAAAAACAUAGUACUGUACAAGUCGUUCUGAAAUACAGUAAGAACAGCCUGCUUUUCCCAUGGAACUAUGGAGUGGGACUAAGAGCAGUGAAUAUUGUUCUCUGUAAUUCUGAGUCCGUUUCUGAAAAUUAAAAAUGGUUUCCACA